UUUGGGUUUUACCGUUAACGGCCAUCGUCUUCUGUCUGCACCUUAGUCGGCAAUAAAAACAACGUUAAGCGUGUGCUUUGCUCCUCCUCCUCCUCGCCAGCCGAACCGGGUGGUGGUGGUGGUGGUUGAACGCGGCUGCGUGGGUUGCGCACAGGCGCGGCGUUCGGAAACGAGCUGGUGUAAGAGGUCGAGAAAUUUACUUGGAAAACCUUCAGGAGUCAGACAUCCUGAUUUCACACAUCUCUCUGUCCUGAAUGAAACGAGGAAGGAAAACUAAUGAGGCCAACAGCAGCUCAUCAGAAGAGACAUCUGAGAAAGAAUCCAAGAGACACAAAGUUGUAGAUGAGAAAGCCGUAGUUGUACAGAGUCCUGACUGGGCGAACCUGCUUCAAGACAUUAUCCUGCAGGUGUUUCAGUACUUGCCUCUUCUGGAUCGUGCUCAUGCAUCACAGGUCUGCCGCAGCUGGAACCAAGUGUUUCACAUGCCUGAUCUCUGGAGGUGUUUCGAGUUUGAACUGAAUCAACCAGCUACAUCUUACUUGAGGGCUACGCAUCCUGAACUCAUCAAGCAAAUAAUAAAGAGGCAUGCCAACCACCUGCAGUAUGUAAGCUUCAAGGUGGACAGUAGCAAGGAAUCUGCAGAAGCAGCUUGUGAUAUUUUAUCACAGCUUGUGAAUUGCUCUCUGAAAACACUUGGGCUAAUUUCAACUGCCCGGCCAAGCUUCAUGGAUUUACCAAAGUCUCACUUCAUUUCCGCACUGACAGUGGUGUUUGUAAACUCCAAAUCCCUCUCUUCACUUAAGAUUGACGAUACACCAGUAGACGAUCCAUCUCUCAAAGUGCUAGUGGCUAACAACAGUGACACGCUCAAACUGUUGAAAAUGAGCAGUUGCCCUCAUGUUUCUCCAGCUGGUAUCCUUUGCGUGGCUGACCAGUGUCACGGCUUACGUGAGCUGGCACUGAACUACCACCUGCUGAGCGAUGAGCUGCUGCUUGCGUUGUCUUCUGAAAAACACGUCAGGUUAGAACACUUGCGCAUUGAUGUUGUCAGUGAAAAUCCUGGACAGACUCAGUUCCACACGAUUCAGAAGAGCAGCUGGGACGCUUUCAUCAAGCAUUCUCCUAAAGUCAAUUUAGUCAUGUACUUUUUCUUGUAUGAAGAAGAGUUUGACCCGUUCUUUCGUUACGAGAUACCCGUCACUCACCUUUACUUCGGGAGGUCGGUAAGCAAAGACGUGCUUGGCCGUGUCGGGAUGACGUGUCCUCGGUUAGUGGAACUGGUGGUGUGCGCCAACGGGUUACGGCCGCUGGACGAGGAGCUGAUCCGUAUUGCAGAACGGUGCAAGUAUCUGUCGGCCGUCGGCCUAGGAGAAUGUGAAGUCUCUUGCAGUGCCUUUGUUGAGUUUGUGAAGAUGUGUGGCGGUCGUCUCUCUCAGCUGUCCAUUAUGGAGGAAGUUUUGAUUCCCGAUCAGAAAUACAGCUUGGAGCAGAUUCAUUGGGAGGUUUCAAAGCAUCUCGGUAGAGUCUGGUUCCCGGACAUGAUGCCCACGUGGUAAAGCCCUUAAAAGACUUCUGGGCGGAUGGAAGAGCACCUUAAACCCAAGCUUACCCUAUUGCAAUUUACUGUAUAAGCUUAUUUAAUACUGUAGUUUUUACUGUAAGUUACUUCAUUGUUUGAUUAGAAAAUUAAUUUUUCCAUUGAAAAAUGAUUUAUGAAAUGCAGAUUCAAAAACAUAAAUCACAGCUCCAAAAGCCGUUUUCAUCCAAACAAAAAUGUGUUUUUCUGUGUUAGACUUGUUCUUUUUUGUUGACAGUGACCUCAGACUUUUAUGGAAAUGACAAAAAAUGUAUUUAAAAUAAUGUAACGUACCUGCAAAAUAUCAGUUUUAAUAUGCUGUCCUUCUUUGACUUAGAUACUAGGAUUGAACGUGAUCAAAUUUGAUCUUAAAAAAAAAACAACAGAACCCCACCGAAAUCGCAUGCGUUUGUUGCAGACUGUAGCGUUUCUAAAUCCAGUCACUGAGAUGAGAAGAUCAAGAUGAUAAGGAGUAUUUAGUAGGCUGUGAAAUCUGUAUGUUCCUUUAUAUAAAAGUCAUAAAAUGCAAGAGCCAUACACAAGCAUAUAGGUUAGACAAUUAAAAUAUUAGGUUUGCUGCCUUAUCCGACAGAUCAUUAGAUCCAUCCUAAAAUGCAUUUAGAGCGCAAACAUCGUGGUGCGAGCUACCAAAAGCGGUGUGGUGGGUUUUGGGUUUUGUUUUGUUGGUUUUUUUUUUUCCCCCCCUCUAAGCAUUUUACUGUAGUUCGCUUACGGGGUCUCAGAUCUGUGUCUAAACCUGUUUUAAGGUAUUUUACGUGUAGCUCAGGAAGCGGAAGCAUUCUGGGGAAAAAAUGUAGAUACGUUGUAUGUAAAAACACGUCAGAAUUAAUGAGCUUUUCUUGCACAUGAACCAGUUUUGCAGCAUACGGUCAGGUGGGAUCGUGUAUAGUUUAUUAAACGAAGCCUGCAGUGUUAAAUGCGGUGACGUGGAUGCGAACGGUGUGAGACAGGAAAGUUGAAUUUUGAACGGCAACCCAGAAUCUUUUCACAGAAGCGUAGGCCUUUUGGCUGCUUUCGAUUUGAGAGAAAUGACGUUGUAACCGCUGCUUAAGCUGUAUAAACUAAUUGUAUACUGUAAAUCUGUUUCAGAAACGUUUAUGUAUAAAGUGAAUGUUUGAUAGAUGAUCAUUUUGUAUACCCUUUAA